ACAAGAGUUGUUGUUCUUUCCGCCUGGUGGAGCCACGCGUCGAGCAUCGUCAUCAUCACCAUGCCUCGAGGAUUCUUGGUUAAGAGAAACCGGCGAUGUUCAGCGUCACACCGGUCACGAAAUAACAGGAAUAACAAAUCUGUAACUUAUUACGCUGAAGUGACAAAACCGGAGGCAGUUAAGGAGAACGAUGUGUUGAAUGUUUCUCCGUUUGAACGGGCAGAUGGACUUCUCCCGGUGUCCCGUGAAGACUCCGCCUGUGUCAGAGAGGCGUGGAGCCCUCACCUGGAGUCCGCGCUGGAGGCCGAAGCGGACAAGCGCGCGCAGUUACCGGAGACCGAGCAGCAGGUGAGCGAGGUGGACGUUUUGACUCCCGAUAGGGAUUUUUCCUGCUUCUUCUCAGCUCCUCCUCUACCCCCACGCGACUUGACAUUAACAGAGUCUUGCAGCCCAGUCAAACCUGUCGGCACGAGACUACAGGAACACCAAGUGGAAGGAGAUAAGUUGUUCCCCGGGAAGUGCCUAACAUCCCCCCCGGUGUCGGAGUUACCGGAGCUGCCGUUCCUGGUGAGCUCCACGCCAAACUCUGUGUCCGCUUCUAUCGAGAGGCUCCUUGCGAGCAGCAGCCGCCACGGACCGUCCUACGGUCACAAUGACAAAUAUGAGCCGAAUAUUGGUCAUGUGCACUUGUUCCCGCCACUGACACUGAUGCAGGAGCAGCAUCACGCAGCGAGGAAACGCUCGUUCAUUGAACAGGAUCAACGUCUGAACGGCAACAGACACAACAAACAGUCAGUGGGCAACCCGUCAAAGAAACCCAAAGUAAACCGAAAACUCAACUUCGAGGAUGAGGUCACGACCUCGCCGGUUUUAGGCCUGCGGAUCAAGAAGGAGAGUCCCGAACUGAGGAGGCAGCGAGAGAAGUCGUCUGCUCUCAACGGGAAUCAGCCGCUGGGAGAGUUCAUCUGCCAACUUUGUAAAGAGGAGUACCCCGACCCUUUCUCCCUCGCGCAGCAUAAGUGCUCCCGUAUAGUGCGCGUGGAGUACCGGUGUCCCGAGUGCGAGAAAGUCUUCAGCUGUCCCGCCAACUUGGCAUCCCACCGCCGUUGGCACAAACCUCGUCCGGUAAACAACCAAGGAGUAGAGACUCAGGCAAACAAGAGCCAGCUGUUAAAGGAGGCACGAGGGCUCGUUCAGCCGGUAGAGUUGGAGGGCAAAGAGAACGAGUUGCUGCGCGUGAAUACCAACCAGCACCACGAAGCGCGGGACAGUUCCCGCAUUAGGCGCGAGCCGUCUCUGCUGCUGCUCCACGGUCGGUCUAGGGACAGCCCCGACAGCGACAUCCUCGCGCCUCCUCACUUUGAUUCCUCUAUUCAUUACCGAAACCCGGUUGAAGGCAGUCAGGACAUGCAGCAGCAGGUGAGAGCGGCAGACAGCCCGCCCUCGAGCCUCCUUCUACUGAACUGCAACCCAGACGAGCGCGUGGACCUGCAACAGCAGCCGUCACUUCCGCAUCCUCCUUUACAGUUUGUCCAGUCCUUACCGGAGGAGGAAGUGUACGAGUGCCGGUACUGCGGAAAGAAAUUCCGCCGACAGGCCUACCUUAAGAAACACCUGGCCGCGCACGAGAUGGCAGCGCGAGGGUCUCCACCCCCAUCAUCUUAUGGCCAGGCGCGCGAGACCAGUGGACAGAGCCAGGUGUUUCUGUGUCACCUGUGCGGCGCUCGCUUCCCGUCGGUUGAAAUCAGGGACAAGCACCGUCUGUGGCACGCGAUGAGGGACGAGUUAAUGGCGGGAACAUUGGGAGGCGGACUCAGACCAGACGUGUUCCACACGCAAGGAGAGGAGAGCAACACAAGGGAAUGCGAGCAGCAGCAGAUCUUCCCAUGCAAGCACUGUCCGUCCACAUUCUUCAGCUCCCCGGGGCUCGCGAGACACAUCAACAAAUCUCAUCCCACAGAGAACCGGCAUGUGAUGAUGCUGCAGAUGACCGUGCGACCGUAAAACGCGCGCGAGAUAUACAGACACACUCAAACAAGCCAACAGAUUGUUCAAAAGAAAAUUAUUAUUCAGUGAUUGUUACCACGGAGAACCUUUUAACUGUUGUAAAUUGUAUAUUGUGACUGAGGCCUGUUUUGUCAGUUGUAGUCAAAAAGCAAAACGUUAUACGGUUGAGUCACUAUAUGCCUUUUGUGUAAGGUCAGUAAGCAUCUUUAACUUGGAAAUUGUUUUUAAAAAAAGUCCACAUAUGAUAUAUGGACACCAGAACGAUGAAAACAUUGUCCAUAGUCAUAAUGAACUGAUGCAGUCAAUAGCAAAUGUUAACAAAUCUUUGCUUUUUUGCUGAAACUGGAUACUUAUAUAUAGCCCACAGUAUCUAACGUUGUCUGUAAAAUUGGAACUGUCCAUGGUCCUGAAACUAAAUAGCGACCUACUGAAACCACAACCCCUGCCAGGUUACUGACACCAUGUUUCAAAAACACACUUCUGUAUUCUUCCCCAGGGUAUUUAGUCUUUAUAUCAAGCAGGAUUCUAAUACUACCAUAAUGUGUAAAACUAUCUAGCUUUUCUUUUUAAAGGGACAAUGUCAUUCAUUGGACAGGUGACAA